AUGGCUCCUCGAGUGGUUGUUUUAAUUUCUGGAUCCGGCUCUAAUCUUCAGGCUUUGAUCGACGCUAAGGCCAGAAAUGAGCUACCCGUUGACAUUGUUAGCGUAGUGUCGUCCAGCAAGAACGCUUACGGUUUGGAAAGGGCAGCUAAAAAUGGCAUACCUACCAAGGUACACUCUCUAUUCCCUUACACCAAAGGUCUAGCUAAAGAUGAUAGAAGUGGGAGGUCUCUGGCCAGACAGAAAUUUGAGAAAGAACUAGCGCCGGUAAUCAUGGAAUUUAAGCCAGACCUGAUAGUCUGCGCCGGUUGGCUUCUGAUUCUGGGAGAGGACUUUUUGAAACAAAUCAAUGGAGUUCCUAUCAUCAAUCUACAUCCGGCACUCCCAGGAGCAUUUGAUGGUACCACACAUGCCAUUGAAAUGGCCUGGAAAAAAUGUCAAGAAGACCAGAAACCACUGAUCGCGGGUUGUAUGGUGCAUUACGUUAUUCAAGAAGUUGAUCGUGGAGAACCGGUUAUUGUCAAAGAAAUUGAGAUAGUCCCUGGAAAAGACUCUCUCGAAGAGUACGAGCAGAGAGUUCAUGCUCAGGAACAUAUAGCCAUAGUCGAGGCAGUCCAGAAAAUAUUUGGCCUGUAA